CAAAACGCCCGCGCUACCGGGGAACCAUGGCCGCGAUGGUGCAGUGAAGGGACAAAGAAAGAAGGAGGGGAGGAAGAAGACCAGAGAGAGAGAGAAAAGGAGUUGCAGAAAUAAAUCGGAACAUCCGAAAAUCCCCCUUCCACAACGAUUCCCCACCUCCCUCUGUCUCUUUCUAUCUAUUUGUUUAUCUAUUUUAUCUCUGUUGGGGCAACCAUGAUUGCAGAGAAUGGUCUUCCGAAGAAGAAUUCGGAGGCUGAGGACGGCAAGGAAUGUGCGGAGCCCGACGGUUUCCGGGAUCCUGAUAAUGGGUUGAACUCGAGGGAGGGGAAGAACGGCCAGAGCGGUGGUGGGUCGGGGCUGAAAUCGUUUGAGAUGAGGUUUAGCGGCGAGGGGACGUCGAAGAAAAUGGGAGGUAUGGGUUUCCAGGAGCUGACUUUUAGUUAUAUGUGCGAUGGCUCAAAGGUGGUGAAUGAUCCGGGGAUGAAUUCCGGAGAGGACUUGCAGAUUGGGUUGGGGAAGGCGAGGUACAAGGGGAAGGAGCCAGUGGCCGAUGAGAAAUUGGGGAUGGACGAGGCUUCCGGCAGGUGGGUGGAGAGGGAUUUCCUGGAGUUGGGCGGCGAGGGUCGGGGUUUCAAGAGGGAGGGUGCCGCUGGCGCGUUGGAAGGCGACAAGAAGAGCGAGAAGAAGCCCAAAUUGGAGGCGACCCCUCUUGAUCUUUCCCUCGGCCUGCCCAACGUCUCCUGGCCUAUCUCCUCCUUCGACCCCCCGCGGAAUUGCGAUCCGCCAGCCGCCGCUGCCGCUGCCGCGCCUGCUCCUUGCCGAACUCGCAGCAGCGUCCAUUCGCUGCCUCCUUCGCGGGCAAGCUCCGACGAUUUCACCGCAUCUGUUUCGUACUCGUACUCCCACCCUUUCUCCCACAAUCCUAGUUGCUCCUUGAGGAAUUCGACCGACAAUUUCGAGCUCACUGUUUCUAAUGGUAGGACGUUUGGUGGUGGGAAUGAUCAGAUUUGGCAUUGUGGGGAGGGGACUAAUGGGUCUGUUCACAGCAGAUUCAAGCCUAUUGGUGAAGCAACCCUCCAUCAGAGUGGUUUGCAGAACGGUAGCGUUCAUGGGGAGCAGCCAAGUCAAGCCUUGGUCAUUGGGUCUAAAUUGGAGAACGAUUCGCUUGUCCACAAGAAUGUAGAAAACGCAAACUUCUCCAAUCAUGGGUACCCUUCGAUCCUUGGGCAGCCUGUCAAGGACGGGUUUAACAUCUAUAGUACCAACAGCGCCGAAAGGAGUUCUUUCUUUCCAUUAGAAUUGCCGGCGAGACCAACGAAGGAUAACCGCCCUGCUGAUUUGAGAGAGAAGCCUUCGGACAUGCAUAAGGUUGCCACUAGUAGUAAUAGUAGGUUGGUUAAGUCCGAGGGAUGCAGGAAUCCUCUGUUUCAGAAAAGCCAGCAUCGGAUUGGGGAUGGUCAGAAUUCGUCCAGGACUCUUACCAGGCCGGAAAGGCUUCUUAAUGAGAUCGUGUCGGAGUCGGUCCAAUUCAUGGCUCAUAUAAUUCAAGAGCUUCCGGAGGAAGCAAUGGAGUCUGCAAGAGCCUGUUUGAAAAGUCUCGUUGCAUUGCCUGAGAAAAGAGAAGAGUUAGCUAACCUUCAAAGGAGGCUCAACCGGAGGACGGAUCUAACCCCUCAGACACUGCCAAAAUGUCACAAGUUUCAAUUGGAUGUCCUGGUUACCGUAAAAACUGGCGUAGCAGCCUACUUGUCCUCUAAUACUCGCCUUUCCACUGAAGAAUUAGUUGAAGUGUUCACAUUCAGUCGUUGUAGGAAUGUGAAUUGCAAGAACGUUCUACCUGUGGAUGAUUGUGACUGUAAGAUAUGUUCAAAGAAGGGAUUCUGCAGUGCUUGUAUGUGUCAGAUUUGUCUAAGCUUCGAUUGCGCCUUGAACACUUGCAGUUGGGUGGGGUGUGAUGUCUGCUCCCACUGGUGUCAUGCUGAUUGUGGUGUUCGAUUGCACUAUAUAAAGCCAGGGCAGAGUCCAAAAGAACCAGGGGCAACUGAGAUGCAGUUCCAUUGCCUUGGCUGUGGACAUGCCUCGGAGCUGUUUGGCUUUGUUAAAGAGGUUUUCACGUGCUGUGCGGCAAGUUGGGGUCCUGAAAUUUUGGGGAAAGAGCUAGACUGUGUUAGAAGGAUCUUCCAGGGUAGUACUGACCUAAAGGGUAAAGCGCUCCACAGGAAAGCGGAGGAAAUGAUCACAAAGCUUGAUAAAAAACUAGCUUCUGCUUCAGAGAUAUGCAGCAGCAUGCUAGCGUUUCUAAAGGAUGGUGUUUCAGAGCUUCCUUUGUCCAGCUCAGCGAAAGAAAUAGCUCAACCUUUCCAAAGUGUUGAUGCUUCUCCAUCAGCACCUGCUGCUGCUCAAGUCCCGUCACAUAAUACCAGUUCCGGUUUAAGAGUGGAUACACCACGAAACACCUAUAACAUAGAUAGAGUGCUGCGGAAUGAAACAAGGGAUGAAGCAGAUGUACAGUACGUCAUGUCAAAGAAAGGUGAAUUUGAUAGUUUGGAAAGCAUUGUUAGGAUAAAAGAAGCAGAGGCAAGGAUGUUCCAGAGCCGAGCAGAUGAUGCUCGUAGAGAGGCAGAAAGCCUACGUAAAAUAGCACGAGCUAAAAGCACAGAGCUGGAGGACGAAUAUACCUCCAAGCUUGCAAAGUUAUGCUUGCAGGAAACAGAAGAAAGGCGCCGAAAGAAGCUGGAGGAGCUGAAGCUCUUGGAGACUUCUCACUGUGAUUAUUUUAAUAUGAAGAUGAGAAUGGAAGCUGAAAUUGGAGGCCUCCUAAAGCGGAUGGAAGCAACAAAGCAACAAUGGAUGUGAGUCCAUUGUGUUUUUUCUCUUUUAGUUUCCAUUCUGUGCAAUCGUACAGUCUAAUGUGGAUGAUGGUAAUGAUUGUUUUGUAUCUUAGUGUAGGCCAUGCUUAAUUUGUUGAAUAUAAGAUGCAUCUCGUAAGAUGGGUGAAGGCUAUAAGGAAAUUUGAUCUAUUGCCAUCUGAA